AUGUUUUUAUUUGGAUCCAGAAAGUCGCCACAAGAACUGUUAAAAGAAAACCAAAGGACCAUCAAUAGGGCAAUCAGGGAGAUUGAUCGCGAGCGGUUAUCUCUUGAAACACAAGAAAAAAACUAUCUCGUCACGGCUAAACGAGCAGCUACGUCUGGACACAUUUCCUCCGUAAAAAUCAUAGCAAAGGAUGCCAUAAGGGCAAUCAAAGCAGUAAAUAAAAAGACCGACCUUGAUGGCUUGUCGAAAAUCCUACAGGAUUUUGAACAGCAAAACUCAAUUAUGGGGGUCAAGGAGGACGCAUUGGAUAGCACCUUGGAUUCAAUGGUGAUGGAGCAGAUGAUAGACGUAAUAUCAGCAGAAGAAAACGGCGAGGCUGCAGCAGAUGAGCUUACGCGCAAGAUAUUAGAAGAAGCUGGAGUUACGGCCGAUGCACCAGUAGUGGCAAUUGACCCUUUUCUUUAG